GAAAAAAAAAGUCAGGGAGUCACGAAAGUAAACAUUGUUUUUUAGCCGUAAAUUUGAAUGAAAAUUUAUAGAAAACUUAUCAAAUCGUAAUGAGUAUGUUUUUUUGUUGUUCCUAAAAUAUUUUUUAUUCAGAAUGUCUGGUGCUGAACAUAUUUCCCGCGUCCGAAGGCUAUAUAAGUUGAUAUUCCGCGUGCACAGAGCGCUGCCGGCGGAACUGCGUGUGAUGGGAGACAAUUACGCGAGAGAAGAGUUCAAACGGCACAAGAAAUGUAAUCCAGAAGAAGCUCGGAUAUUUCUAAACGAAUGGACUGACUAUGCAAUAGGCCUCGCACAGCAGAUUAAGCCACUGCAGCAAGCUAAACGUAAGACAGUCGGCAAGUACAUAGAUCCCCAGUUACUGGACCACAUGACCGAUGACCAGAUCGUUCAACUUUACGAACUGCACAAAGCCGCCACACAAGAAGACACAGAAAAUACGGACAGUACCAAAGACACAGUUGAGAAAAAGUGAAGUAAGGCGAUUAUCCCACUGCGCCGCGCUCCGCUGCGGUACGCGGGACGACAGAUUUAAUCAUUAUAUGCAAGUACCUCAGUUUGUACAGAAAACACGCGCGGUACAACACACUGACAACGCGUCUGCGCGCGGGAUUUUUUAUAUAAAAUCACGCGGACCGCGGCGGAGCGCGGCGCAGUGUGAUAAUCGUCUAAUAUUUAUGUUUAAUUUUGGAUAAGAAAAUCAGUGCGUCAAAAUAUUAUGUUCCUGUUCAUAAAGACUUGUUUAAAGCACUGUUUAACCCCACAAGGCUUAGUAUCUAUUCUUAGAUUAGUUAAGUUCAGUAGUAAAGUUAUUAAAUAGAAUAUUAGAUAGAUAAAUUCAAUCCCAAAAAAGAAGGAUAGGAUUACUCUAUAAAGUUAUGAAACCCCCAUGCCCUUUUGCAUAAAGGAAUAGUUUGACUUCAGUAUAAUUAUAUUAAAGAAGCAAUCAACGAUCAUAAUAAUAAAAUGUAUAAUAUGUAGGUAAAUAUAGAUGAAAUUAUUUGCAAUUUAUACACUUAGAUCAUGUUAUGUAAUUUUAUUAAAUUGCAAUUUUGUA